AUGGGGCAGCACUUUCUCUUCCACCGGGACCUCGUGGCCGCCACGGCCGUGCACCACGCAGUGACCGCCCGUCUGUCCAAUGACCUUCACUCCGACCUCGUGGUCCUCGGUCCGCAGUGGCUGCGCAUCUACCGCGUCGAGCCUCUACCGCCCGCAACGGACGCAAUCGAAGCGUCUACGAAAGGCCACGUCCUGCACCUCCUCGUCUCCUUUCCCUUGGCAGGCGUCGUCGAGAGCGUCCACGUGCUGCGGUUCGACCGCGCUCUAUUGAGGAAGAAACACCGGUUCGUCGGGGGCGACGACGUGCUGCUCCUCACGUUGCCACGCCUGAAGUGGGUGCUCAUUGGCUAUGACCGGCGGUCCCGAAGUCUCGCGACGCUCGCGAUGUUUUCCUUUGAAGAGGACGCGAUUGGACCAGGCGCGACGUUAAAAGGCGAGAAACAAGGACGGGAACAGAUGCUGGGACUCGGCACGCAAGCACUGGCGAGGGUCGACCCGCAGACGAGAUGUGGCGCCAUGCUCGUGUACUCGGACCAGCUGGUGAUUGUGCCGUUUCGGACCGAGUCCAUGGAGCUUUCGUUCUUUGAAGAAGACGAGGACGACGUGGACGAGCACGAGCAGCAGGCCAUGACGGAUUCUGACAAUGAGGAGGACGAGGAUGAAGAGGAGAUGAAAUUGCAAGAGAUGGUGAAUGAAAGCAGGCAGCGAGGCGUCACGAGUGAUGUGAGCGGCACACUUCAAGCUUUGCUGGACAAGAGUGUGAAGGUCGGUGCCAAGCGCAAACGUAAUCACUUGAGUGGACUCAUGCCAAACGAGAUUGCUGGAAGAGAGUUUCUAUUGCGGCUACGAGAGCUGGAGAUUACGGGAAAAGUUAUCGAUCUAGCGUUCCUUGAUGGGUACUUGGAACCGACGCUCAUGGUGCUGCACGAGGAAAAUGAGAGGAAUUCGACCUCCGGACGUCUGGCUGUAGGAUUCGAUACGUACUGUCUUACAGUCAUGUCGAUCAAUAUGAACACAAGACUCCACCCGAAGAUUUGGACUGUGAAAAAUCUUCCAUCCGAUUGCUUCCGCUUGAUUCCGUGCCGUGCACCGCUUGGUGGCGUGGUGGUCUUAUCAGCGAAUGCUUUUCUGUAUUUCAACCAAACGCAGUUCCAUGGCCUUGCCACAAAUGUGUUUGCGACGAAAACGGUGAACCAGUCAGUUUUUCCACUCUGCGACGCUGUGUACAAAACGCCAGAGCACGAUAUUGCACCGCUUAACAUCGUGCUCUAUGAUUGUCAGUUCGAGUACUUGCGCGAAAAAGAGCUACUGCUAAAUAUGCCGAGUGGGGAGGUAUACGUGCUCUCGUUACCACACGAUGAGCCAUCAAAUCGUGGUCUGUACGGUUUUGGUAGCGUAUCUUCGAGUCGAAAAGCGUCGCUAUCGCUGCGAAUGCUUCAGUCUAAUAUCGUAGCAAAUUGUUUGUGUAUCGACGAGGAGAAACAGACAUUAUUCGUGGGCUCAAGGUCAGGUGACUCAGUGCUUUACUCUCUGGACAAAAAGAAGCUAGCUCAAGCUGAAGGCGAAGGACUAGGGCAAAAAGAAGCGCCGAUAAAGGAAGAGGUACCGGGAAAUGAUGUGACUUUAGAUGGUAAGCAUGAGCCGGCUGAAGAGGAGGAAGAGGAUGACGACGACCUGUUCUUAUACGGAGCAGCGCCGUCAAAGGAAGCUCAGGUAGCAGCAACGGAUCCGGCAGAGAUCAAAAAUGAAGCCGGCGGGUCUCAUGUGACGAAAGGGCCAAAUGGUACCUCCACAAUCGAAGAAAAUGGUCCUUAUGAGUAUGAGCUUCGGCAGGUUGAUGUUCUGCCUGGCAUCGGACAGAUCACCUCAAUUGAGCUGGGUGUCGCAAGUAGCGGAGACUCAAAUGAAAAACGAGAGGAGCUUGUGAUUAGUGGUGGUUACGAGCGCAGUGGUGGUAUCUCGGUGCUGCACAACGGUUUGCGCCCCAUUGUUGGUACUGAGGCAGAACUAAGCGGCUGUAGGGCGAUGUGGACGGUAUCGUCUUCACUGCCUUCUGCGACUACUAGCAUUGACGGGCGUAGCUAUAGUGCAUAUCUCAUCUUGAGCGUUGCUCAUCGAACGCUUGUGCUUCGAACAGGUGAAGGCAUGGAGCCACUGGAGGAUGACAGUGGUUUUUACACCUCCGGUCCAACUCUUGCUGCAGCAAAUUUGUUCAGCAAGCAGCGCAUCGUUCAAAUAUUCAAGCAAGGUGCACGCGUGAUGAUGGAAAUAGCUGAAGGAAAAGAGUCACGUGAUCAAGAUCAAGCUGCAAGUGCUGAUGAAGAUGACGAAGACUGCCCGAGCGUCAAGCUCGUUUGCACACAGGAGAUAACUUUAGAAGGUGAUAUCGAGUGCGGAGGGAUGAAUGUCGAUACUUCGAGCGUAGGAAUCGUGUCCGUGGACGUUGUUGACCCGUACAUUCUUUUACUUCUGACUGACGGCUCAGUUCGGCUACUGGUGGGCGAUGACGAAGACAUGGAGCUGACGGUGAUUGAUCCUGAGAUCGAUUAUUUUGAUGGUAUCGUUGACGCAAAUGGAGCCGCGGAUACGUCCAAGCACGGGAGCAGCUCCGCGUGUCUCUUUUACGACUGGGCUGGUAUGUUCCGUGAUGUUGUGUGGGACGAAGACGAUGUCGAAGAAACGAACGUUUCGGCUGCAAAUGAAGUGAAAAAAGAAAAAAACGAUGAAGAGGAUGACAUGGACGCAUUGUAUAGUACCAAAUUAAGUCCAAGAGCAACUACGACCGACCGUAGUAACAAACCAGACGUGGUGCUGGGCCAAGAAUGGCAGACAAACGCUGAUGGAUCCGUGUCGAUACCGCUGCUGAAGCAGAAAGAUGCAAAGAUGAUGUGUGGCAUGUGCUUUGGUGACGGUUCUCUGCGUGUCUUUUCCCUCCCGCAUUUUGAGAAGAGAGGUGUGUUUCCGUACCUUACCUUUGCACCUCAGUCCUUAGUGAAUACGAUUGGACACCACCGGGGCAGCAAAGACAAAAUAACUGCUCCGGCUCUUGGUCUUAAUGCGUCGACAUCUAUCGCAAAUGACGGCCGCAUCAAGAAGUCGCACACCAUUCAUUCACCGGUGGCUGACAUCAUCAUUCAUCGGGUUGGCCCAAGCGAAGGUCAGCACAACGCUCAAUAUUUAUCUCAAAUGGUGAUGCUAGUGUUCUUGGCGAACGGCGACUUGCUCACGUAUGUCGCGAUACCCAAGGAUGAGAGUAUAAAGCGACAAGCUGACAAUGAAGAAGUCGUCCCCGUGUAUAGCUUUGUUCGCGCGGAAACCGAUAUCAUCACGCGACCGUUCCUUCCUACACGGUCUCGCACCAAUGCUCACAGUGAGCCUAGUAGCAAUUCGGAGAUCAAUGUCAGCUCGGUGCUAGCUAAGCUUCGCGCCGGUUUCCGGUAUCCUAUGCUGACAAACUUUGCGAAUGUCAACAAUAUGAGUGGCGCAUUUUUUCGGGGAGCUCAUCCGAUGUGGAUCUUGGGUGACCGUGGCCAACCGACAUUUGUCCCGAUGUGCGUCGCCGAAUCCACGCCUCCAAUUCCGCGCGCAAAUGAUGCAUCAAACCGAAAUGCGGUCCCUCGAGUGAGCGUGCCAGUCUUGAGUAUUACUCCGUUUCAUCAUUGGAACUGUCCCAAUGGGUUCAUUUACUUUCAUUCACGCGGGGCGUUACGCGUGUGUGAACUCCCCUCGAGUAAGACUUCGACGAUUCUUCCCUCGAGCGGUGGAUUUGUGCUACAGAAGGCAGAGUUUGGGGCUACCCUGCAUCAUAUGUUGUAUCUUGGCAACCGUGGUCCCGGUGGUGUCGCAGAGGCUCUAAUAACGCCCACAUAUGCCGUUGUCUGCAGCAUGAAAAUGAAGCCAACCGAUGCAAAAUCCGCAACGGAAGUGUUUGGGGAUUUAGAGGAAGAGGAAGAGCCUGAAAAUCUGGAUGCAAACGGAAAUCCUGUUGCAAGUAACGUGAUGGCACCGACAGCAGAGAUGUUUCCUGAUUACGAAAUCGACGAAAUGCCACAAACGGAGGAGGACGUGUACGAGCUUCGUUUGGUCCAGACGAAUGAGUUUGGUGAGUGGGGACGCAGUGGAGUAUUCCGUGUGUACUUCGAGCGGCAUGAGGUUGUGCUGAGCGUGAAACUUAUGUACCUGUAUGACUCGUCGUUGAUGAAAGAAGAAUUGUAUUCGACAUCGCUCGAGUGGAACAGGAGAAAACGACCGUACAUUGUGGUUGGCACCGGUUGGGUUGGCCCACACGGCGAAGACGAAAGUGGGCGCGGUCGGUUGUUACUAUAUGAGCUUGAUUACGCGCAGUAUGUGAAUGAAGAAGGCGGUAGUACGAGUAGAAAGCUACCCAAGUUGCGGCUAGUGUUCAUAAAAGAACAUCGGCAGGGAGCAAUUUCAAUGGUGACGCAGCUCGGACCGUAUGUGUUGGCUGCCGUCGGAUCGAAAUUGAUCGUGUAUGAAUUCAAGUCGGAGCAACUUGUUGGGUGUGCAUUCUACGACGCGCAAAUGUUUAUUGUGACGCUCAAUGUCGUGAAGGACUUUAUCAUGUAUGGCGAUGUAUACAAAAGCGUACACUUCUUACGUUGGAGGGAGGAUCAACGCCAGCUUCUGCUAUUGGCGAAGGACUACGAGCCUUUGGCUGUUUCUGCUACUGAAUUUAGCGUGUUCGAGAAAAAAUUAGCGCUACUGGCGGUAGACAUGGACGACAAUUUGCACGUGAUGCAGUUUGCUCCUCGGGAUAUCGAGUCCCGCGGUGGACAGAGACUUCUACGUGUUAGUGACUUCCACUUGGGCGUGCAGGUUGCAAGCAUGUUCCGCAAACGGGUCAAUGACUCCAGCUCUGUGCCUCCUACAAAGGGUCGCACAGCAGCUCCACCUCCUUGCUACGUCAAUAUCAUGGGCACCUCAGAAGGCGGAGUUGGCGCACUGAUCCCUGUUAGUGAGCGAGCAUUCCGCCGUCUGUUUACGCUGCAGAACGUGAUGGUUAACACGCUACCGCAAAACUGCGCAUUGAAUCCACGCGAAUUUCGCAUGCUGAAGACGAACACGCAGCGACGAUGCGGAAGACCCGAUGCAUGGAGUAAGAAAAAGUGGAAGAAGAGCUUUUUGGACGCCUUCGUGCUAUUCCGUUUUCUGGCGCUCGACUACGUGGCCCAAAAGGAGCUAGCGCGGUGCAUCGGUACCACACCCGAAGAUGUCAUGCACACCUUGCUGGAAAUCCAGCACGCGACGGCGACUUUUUUGUAA